CAUCUCAUGCCAUAAAAGGAAGAUUAUGACCAUGACAUCCCAGACGGUGGUGGUGAUCCAGGAUGCAUCAAGAGAUAUCAGUUUCAGUGCAAUAACAUGGGCUGAGCACGGAUUGUUGCUAAAGCCCGGAGAUAGACUCAUUCUUCUUGGAGUUCUUCACCAGGUUAAUACCCCUAGUACGUUAUCUUUCAUGAGAGCCGGAAAAUUUCUGGGAUACAAGAGCAAAGUCGACUCCAGUUCGAUGUUUGGAGCGAACCGGAAGGUUAUUGAGGAAGAAGUUGCACGGAAGAAGGAAGAGUACCAUAACAAUGUGGAGCUGAUGAAGAUUUCUAAUCACUAUGCAGAACAAAAGAUUCUAUUUGAGGUCGAAGUUAAAGUUGGAUCUUCGCCGAAGAUGGUAGCCGUAGAAGAAACUAGGAAUGUGAAGGCAGCAUGGGUAAUCCUUGACAGGCAGAUGAAGAAAGAUAAGAAAUACUUCACAGAAAGGCUUUCAUGUGGUAUAUAUAGAAUGAAACGUGAUAACAAUGUUGAAAAGCUAAGAGGACCAGUAGUAAGAGGACACCACAAAGCUUAUACUGAAGGAAGCAAGACCAGUAAUGUAACAUAUGAUGAGAUGGUACCAGGAAGCCCAGAUGAAGACGAUCUGUUCAGCAAUGAGUUCUCCCCAAGAAGAUCUCCAAUUCGUAAGACAGUCAUGGGUGGUGACGAAGGAGUAUAUACAGAUAAAAGAAAGCCAUGGAGUGAUACUUCAAGAAUGACUUCAUUUUCCAAAUCCAAGUCAAAUGAGCAUCUCACAUUGGAAAAAGUAGCUUCCAGUUCAAGUUUUAAUAACCCCAAGGACUGCUCCUCAUUCCUUCAGGAGGAACAAAGCAACAUAAACAUACCAAGCAAAAUGGCAGAAGUAAGAACUCUAGAUUUCAUCUUCGAAGAUCAAGAAAUGAGACAAAGAAAGGCUAAAAAAGUAGGAACUCAAGCGCAAGAUGGUAAAUGCAAUACCCUUGCGGAGCUAGAACUAUUGACAACUGGACUACAUGCUGGGGCUAUUGAAGCAGAACUUGAGAAUUCCAUUUGUACAGUCUGCAUGAACAGACGGCCAAACUUCGGAUGGAUGAGUGACUUUACUUAUGCUGACCUCCAAGCAGCUACUGGCGGAUUUUCACCAGAGAAUUUUCUAUCUGAAGGUGGAUUUGGUUCUGUUUACAGAGGAAAGCUUGGGGAUCUUGAUAUUGCUGUUAAGCAACUUAACCAUGCAAGUUUGCAAGGAGAGAAGGAAUUCAAGGCAGAAGUUCAUGCACUCAGCAAGGCUAGACAUAAACAUGUUGUCAUGCUACUUGGAUCAUGCUCGGAAAGAAGUCACAGACUACUUGUUUAUGAGUUUGUCUGCAAUGGUUCACUUGACAAACAUCUCUCGGAUAGCACAAACAAACCUUUGCGUUGGGAGCACAGGAUGAAAAUAGCUCUUGGAGCUGCUGAAGGUUUAGAUCAUCUGCAUGAAAACAACAUCAUCCAUAGAGAUGUGAGACCAAACAAUAUUCUUGUAACCCACGACUAUGAACCACUGCUUGGAGAUUUUGGGCUGGCACGAACACAACAUGCAGGAUCGGAUCACUCAUCAGAGACCAGGGUGGUUGGGACUUUUGGCUAUUUGGCUCCAGAAUACGCAGCAAGUGGGAAAGUGUCAACCAAGACAGAUGUUUUUUCCUUUGGCGUUGUUCUUUUACAGUUGAUAACAGGUCUGAGAACUACAGAUAAGAAGCUUGGGGAAAAAAGCCUAGUGGGAUGGGCACGGCCACUUCUGAAAGAGAGGAAAUAUCCGGACUUAAUCGACAAGAACCUUAUAGACUCGCAUGAUGUUCUCCAACUCUUUUGGACGGUGCGAGUAGCUGAAAAUUGUCUUCGGAAAAACCCUGACAAAAGGUUUUCCAUGAAAAAGGUGGUGUAUGCAUUAACAUACCUAACAAAUCGGGUGACAGUUUCUGGUAUUGAAGACUUCUUCCCCUCAAAAUCUUAUUAUGCUAGCGGCUUGCCUCAGUCCAACAGUUGGCAAAAUGAUGGGAGAAUGGUUGAACAGGAAAGUGAUGCGACAGAAAUACCCUCUGGCUCUGGCACAAGUGACAUAAGUGAGUUAUUUCCAUCAGCAUCUUUGACACAAACCAUUUCCACAAGAUCACCAACCACAUCUGUAAGCUCCCAAAGAUCACUAAGCGACAUAUUUUCAUCAGAAUCUUCAGCACAAACCUUUUCCACAGCAGCAGACACAUCUGCAAGCUCCCAAAGAUCAUCAUCGCUCAGCGAAAAAAAUGACAGGAGGGAGAAAGCAAAAUUCAGAAGUAGAAUCCAAGUGCCUUAUGGAGAAAUGCUUCACUGAUAUUCUGCAUCUUCAACAAAAACCUUUUCCACAAAGUCUAAAGCAUAUCCACAAGAUCAACAUUAUCAUUUUUAGGCAGGGUAAAGUGUGAAGAAGAAACUUAAACUAGGAAAAAAGAAGAAAACCAGAAAUAGAAUAAUUAGUACUUUAUAGGAAAUCCCUCAUGUUUUAAUGUCUCAUAACUAGCGUUUGGUGAAAUGUCUGUAAGGAGGUGUCAUAAAAAUAGAUUAUACAAGCAAAGAAAUGUGAAAGAAACAAUAGGAUUGUCAUAAUAUUAUUGACAGUUACUUCGGUCUGCAACUGCAUUAUUUUUGAUGUACAUUUUCACAGAGUUCAAAGUCAUUACAUAAUUUCC